AUGCAUGGUCACAACGCAUCCUGCCUAUUUCCCGGUAGACUCCCCCUAAGACUAGUGUGUGCUGUGCUCUGCUUUGGAUUGUCGGGAACUUCGCGAGGUCUCGACGAAGGCCUAAUUGCCAGCACCGUCGCCGAUAAACCGUUCAUCAACAGAUUCGGCCUCGACGCUAGCCGUCUGAGCCCCUCCGAACGGGCUAAUCGCCUUUCCAAUGUCACAACCAUGGUCACCAUCGGGUGUCUCCCAGGCGCAUUGCUAGCCUUCCUGCUGACCGAGAAGAUCGGAAUGCUCUGGGCCAUGCGAGGUUCAUGUCUUGUUUGGAUGAGUGGUAGUAUUAUCUUCCUGACGUCACACACAAUCGGCCAGGUCUACGCCGGCCGUCUGAUCAUGGGAGUCGGUAUCGGACAGUUUGGAGUCGUCGCCCCGGUAUAUUUGGGCGAGGUAUCGCCGCGACAGAUACGCGGAGUCAUAAUCGGGUUGUUUGGGAUCUCCGAUGUCCAAGUCAUAUGGGCCGGAAUACUCCUGUUCUUCUCGCUGUUCUGCGAGGAGAGUCCACGGUUUCUGUGCAAACGAGGCCGUGCUGACCAGGCGGCCCAGGCGCUGGGGAAACUCUGGCAACUACCUGCUCUGCAUACAGAGGUGCAGGACGAGAUCCGCGCUGCGCAGAGACAACUGGAACUGGAGAAUGGAAACUCGACGCGAUCCUUCUGGGAGACGGUGAGGACUCUAUUCACGACAAAGGAGAAUCUCAAACGGAUCGCGUUCAUCUUCACCGUGCAGUGUCUGAUCCAAAGGUCAGGUCCGACGUCACUGACAACCUACGCACCCAAAUUAUUCUCCCUCUUCGGAAUCAAAGGCGAAUCCGAAAAACUAUUCACAACCGCGAUAUUCGGCGCCGUGAAGUUCGCCUCCGCGCUGGGCUCCGCCCUCUUCAUGAUUGAUUUCAUCGGUCGACGAAGAACCCUCUACAUCGGAGUAACGAUGCAGAUCCUCGCCUUCCUCUACAUCUCUAUCUUUCUGACUGUUUUUUACACUCUCUCGGAGGAAAAACAGCAAUCCCCAGCGACGAAACGCAGCGCCAUCGGCGCUAUCGUCAUGGUCUAUCUGAUUGGGGUUUCGUACGCGCUGGGCUGGAACUCGAUCCAGUAUAUCAUCACGGCGGAGAUCUUUCCGCUGCCGGUGAGGAUUGCAGGGUCGAGUGUUGCGACGGUUUGGCAUUAUGCAAAUCGGAUGGGGUUGUCGAAGGCGGUUCCGACGAUGUUGCUGGAGCAUGGGUCGCUUACGCCGACGGGAACGUUUUGGUUUUUCACGGCUAUGUCUAUUCUAGGGGGUGUUUAUGCGUUGGUAUUUUUGCCGGAGACAUCUAGAAAAGGGUUGGAGGAGACGGGAGAUUUGUAUACGGGCAGGAAGACAUUCAGCCAAAUUGGACAUAAGCAUACUAGUGACAGGUAA